AUGGCAUUGCGGUGGUGUCUUGUGGCCGCCUUGGCGCUGCUCGCGUGUCUCCCGCUCGCCCUCGCCGACUCGCGAGUGGACGAGCUGCGGGAGCUGCGGCGGCGCGCCAAGGACGGCGUGAUCCGCAUAACGGACGAGAGCUUCGCGGCGUACAUCAAGGCGGCGGAGCCCCGCCCGUACGGUGUGCUGCUCUUCUUCGACGCCGCCAAGCUGCACGACAACGCCGACCUCAAGCUGCCCGCGCUGCGCCGCGAGUUCGCGCUGGUCGCCCGGGCGUACGCCAGCAAGUUCCUCGCGGAUGGCGCGGCGCCGCGCGACGAGGUGUUUUUCUGCGACGUGGAGCUCCAAGUCAACGCGCGGGCAGGACAUGGACUUCCAGUCCGCGCCCGCCACGGCCGACGGCUUCGCCAAGUUCCUGCAGGCGGCGGGGGCGUGGACGUGGGGCCCAUCGAGCGGCCGCCCAAGGUGUCGUCCACGCAGGUCAUCGUGAUUGCCGUGCUCGCUGUCGUCGCCGCGCCGUUCGUGCUGCGCGCGCUCGUGACGACGCGCACGCCGCUGCACGAGGCGGCGACGUGGUGCGUGGUGGGCGUGGGCGUGUACUUCUUCUCGGUAUCGGGCGGCAUGUUCAACAUCAUCCGCGGCAUGCCCCUCUUCGUGCCCGACCACCAGCACCCCGGCCGCUUCACCUACUUCUACGGCGGCGGCGGCGCGCAGUUCGGCGCGGAGGGCUUCACCAUCGGCGCGCUCUACACCACCGUCGGGCUGCUCGUCGCCUUCGCCACGCACGUGGCGCCGCGCAUGCGCAGCGCGUGGGCACAGCGCGCGCUACUGUUCAUCGCGAUGGGCGUGGCGGCGGCGUCGGUGCGGCAGGUGCCACCCCUGCUGCACUCACGCUACCGCAUGGGGGUUACAGAGCAACAACUGGUUAUGCUUGAAUGCUAA